GCGGCCUUGGCCGCUUCUCUUAAAACACGCGAGCCUCGGCUUGGCUUUAUCGCUCGGGCGGUCGGAGGCGGAGUCUCUUUGGCUGACUUUCUGGGGGUAUGUUCUCCGCUGUCCUCCUGAAGUUCCUGAGGCCGAAGCCGCUGCGUUUUUGCAGCCCGCUUUGGGGGAUCAGUAAAGUACAUGGUGAUCAUUUCCCUGUGCUGCAAUUACACACAACUAAUUCUACCAUGCAAUUCAGUCAGGAAGAUUUUGAGAAGGCCAAAGAGCAAGUAAAUCUUUUGCAAGAUGAGCCAAGCGAUGACAUCAAGUUGAAGCUUUAUGCAUUGUAUAAACAGGCUACUGUGGGCUCAUGUAAUAUUCCAAAACCAAGUAUGUUGGAUUUUGUCAACAAAGCCAAAUGGGAUGCUUGGAACUCUCUUGGCAGUAUGACACCGGACAAUGCCAGACAGAGCUACAUUGAACUAGUAUCGAGUUUGGUUCCUACAGAAACUUCUCCAGUUAAUGAAAUUCCCCCUGGUAGCAAAUCCAUCUAUGAAACACUUGAGGUUACUAUUAAAGACAACAUCACAAAGAUCAUAUUAAACCGGCCAAAGAGGAAAAAUGCUAUCAAUGUCAAGAUGUACAAUGAAAUUAUGAAAGCGCUUGAGGAAGCCGCAAAUGAUGAUUCUGCUAUAGCAGUUCUUACAGGCAAUGGGGACUAUUACUGUAGUGGAAAUGACCUGAACAACUUUACCCAGGUUUCACCUGGUGGAAUGGAAGAGUCUGCAAAGAAUAGUGCAGAGAUGCUCAAAAAGUUUGUUCAACAUUUUAUUGAUUUUCCAAAGCCAUUAAUUGCUAUGGUAAAUGGGCCAGCUGUUGGGAUCUCUGUAACACUGCUUGGGCUGUUUGACAUCGUAUAUGCUACAGACCAGGCUACCUUUCAUACUCCUUUUAGCAACCUGGGUCAAAGUCCAGAAGGAUGUUCUUCAUACACAUUUCCCAAAAUUAUGGGGUUAACUAAGGCCACUGAAAUGCUGCUUUUCAACAAGAAGCUAACUGCUGCAGAAGCCUGUUCGCAGGGGCUUGUGACUGAGGUUUUUCCCGACAGUACAUUCCAAAAAGAAGUGUGGGCAAGGCUGAAGGCUUAUGCCAAUCUUCCUAAAAAGACUUUGACAGUCUCCAAGCAGCUAAUACGAAACAUGGAAAAAGAGAAGCUAUACGAAGUUAAUUCUCAGGAAUGUGAAUGUCUCAUGGAAAGAUGGCUAUCUGAGGAAUGCAUGAAUGCCGUAAUGAGCUUCAUACAGAAGAAAUCAAAGCUCUAGUCUCUAGCCAAUCAUGCAAAAUAAAUUGCUGUAAGUUGUUUCUGUUCCCUUACUACAAAAACUGUCAUUAAAUGAAUACCUUGGAUACAUA